CCGCUGCUCCCGGGCAAGCAGUAUUCAUUAUGCCUUUUUUAUAUCCAUUAGCUGGAUAUAGCUAAAAAUAAAUAUAGGAAAAAGAAGUGCCGGACUCCCAGGUAAGCCGUCUAACUCCUUGCCCUGCUCAGGUCUCCAGCUACGCGUUGAGAUAUAUAUCUCAGGUCGGCAGAGUUGAAGCCUGCAUCCAGAGCAAGGAGAUAUACUCUAUUACACGAAAAGACACGCACUAUCCUCUCUCUCUCUCUCUUUCUCUCAAGAUGGGACACUCAAUAACAUGGGAAUAUAGUGAGGAGUCUGAAGCCGAGGAGAUGGUCUCCCGCUGCUCGUACUGCGGGCGAUUCUGCAACAAAAGGGCCAUUCAUGGCAAGACAGGUCUCUGCUACCCAUGCAGAGAGACCCUCCGCAAGGAGGGUGACAAGAGAGCCCUGGAAACGGACUCUGAUACUGAGAGCGCCUCCUCCGGCCGCGGGGCCGAGGAGUGCGAGCCCGUCAAGGGCUAUCCUGCUGCCACGGCUGAGGCAGAGGAUGACUCUCAGUCAGCCAAGUCAGAGGAAGGGACCGCGCGCAGCAACGUCUGCUCAAGAUGCUGGGCCGCAGAGGCGACGGGGACGUUAUACAACUCCCCUGUCUGUGACGACUGCUACCACCUCGCACAGGCCAAUCGCGAAUGGAUGAAGGGUACCAAAAAGCGAUUCCAACCACCGAACCCGCAUUUACAGGCGGGUAAACGGUUGACAAGGGUCUGCGAUUCCUGCCGUCAGAAGAGGAAGCGCUGCGAGCACCGCAGGGUUGUCGAUGCCACUGAUCCGGAAGCCCACUGCCGCAAGAGAGGGAGAAAGAGAAAAUGCGAAGAGAUCAGUGAAGACAAGAAAGAGAGUGAAAGCAACAAGGGCCCUACAAGCAGGGAGGAAGAACAAGCAGAAGUCAUUAUUGUCGACGAUCCCGCAGAAGAACCCGGCUGUUCCGAUGAGAGCAUGAAUCACGCCAUCAAGGAGUCUCUGGACACCGUGUACAAGAGAGAACUGCUGAAACUCGAGGUCAUAGCGAAUGAGAAGGUCAAUGAAGCCAACAAGGCCCUGGAUGCCGUCCGUGACCAUCUGCGCAGCUGGCUCGAACAUGUCAGAAGAGGCAACUCUCUCGGCAAACAGCCACUACCAGAGCAGCAGGUAGAGGGACCAGAGCAACCAGAGAGAUUGGAUCCAUUAGAGCAACAAGAUCAACCACCACAGCCACUGCAGCCACCAGAGCCAACCGCUCAAGAAGAGUGUGUUUGAUAUCUCAUCCGUUUCUCCCGCAAACACAAAGACAGAAUCACCAUCAGCAAAAAGGGAGAGCCAAACUAGAAUGCCGGUGAUUUAAACUGGGCCACAGGGAGGUGUAUGAUAUUUGGUUUCGUGCUUUUUGAUUUCGCUUUUAUUUUUCUCCUACUUAUCCUGGUGUUUUAUUCUCUCUUGAGGCAGUGAUAUCAGGCAGUGAUAAUGAUGGGGGUUCGAUUCAUGUUGAUUAUGAGAUUGCGCUAGCCUGCACAUAUGAAGGCAUCCGGCAUAGAAAGCCAUUGACAGAGAAACGCAGCGUAUAGCCAAGCAAGUAUAAAGUGUAAAAAAGCGACUGACACGAUGGCUUUGGCCCCCUCUUUCUCUCCCUCCUUUAUCUGCCUGCCUUCUCUCCUUCCUUUUCGUCUUUGAUAUAAGCGAAAGGAAGCUUAGUCAUUGUAUUAGCUUAGUCAUCUAUUUACUUUCACGUGAUAAUAGAGCAUGGGGAUUUCCGAAAGAGGAAAAAGUCAACAUCUCGCGACGUUGGCGUUUUGAAGUUUUGUGGUUCAAGCUCGUAUUCAACAGCAGCAUAACGAAGGAUUUUCUCCAGGAGCUGAUGCUUGACCAUGGCCCGGGUGACGGGAGAGCAAUGCUUGCAGGACGCUGACACUCGGACAUCAGACACCUCUCCCCACCCCGAAACCCGCCGCAUUCCAUAUAAGAUAUCUGGAUCUGGGACACGUCCACCCCAAACAGGCGCUCGAAGAUAUCAAGACUGACAACCUCCUUAACAUCACCGGCAUCAAAAGGAAUGGCACCUCUGCCGAGUGUGGUCUCGUCUCCAAGUCGAAGAGCGGAAGCAAACCCGCCGAGCCUUAUACUCCAUAACAAACUCCUGAGUUCCUUGGAAGAAGUUGGAUAGAGAAGGUUAUGCCCUUGAUUAGCUGAUUAACACCAUUUCCUAGUUGUUGUCGUCAUGCAUACAGGGCGAGGAUCGAAGAAAGAGACACGCCGGGAUAUUUCCCCCUUAUCUAACGGCUUUUUUUGCUUACGUUUGUUUUGC